AUGAGUAGGAAAAGAAGCUAUCACAGCUCCUGUAGGUGUAGGAGACCAUCUCUCUCCUGCUCCACAAGGGCAGAACUGCAGUUUUCCGUGAGCCUGGUGGACCGUCUCCUGCGUGAAGGAAACUAUGCCCAGCGCCUGAAUUUGUUCACACCUAUUUUUCUCGCUGGAAUUCUCAAGUACUUGGCGGCCAACAUCCUGGAGCUGGCAGGCAAUGAGGCGUACAAUAACCACAGGAUACACAUCACCCCAGAACAUGUGGAGAGAGCAGUGGACAACGACCCACAGCUCAGCCUUCUGAUUCAUGUUGAUGCCAGUGAUGAGGUUGAUGAGAUUCCCCAAUCAAAGAAGAACUGA